AUGUUGGGGACAAUUACCAUGCGCUGGACAUGUAAAGUGUGUUACAUACGUAGACAGUAUGUUAAGUUUUUCAACAGUAACACAUAUAAUGGUGGUCGCAAAGCUUUAAAACGAGAUUAUUUUAAGAAACAUACGCCGCUACAUGUAACCGUGGCUGUGCUGAAUUACCUAUGCAUAAAGGCUACAAAACCUACACUCAUGUUUGCAUUGCCUAUAUAAAAUAACUAGGCCAAAUACCUGACUUAAACACUAUGGUUUGUGUUAUGAUGAUAACACCAGGGGGCAAGUUCUAGCACCUAAAACCCAACUUGCGUGUUACUACUACAGUCCGGCUGUAGGCGGACUUCCUCAAUCCUGGCUCCGACGAGAUCCCUCUUCCGAAAUGGUCUGCAGUCAUUUGAAUAUGACGUCAUCACUUCCGCACCCCUCCACCACCGUCACCACCACCUCCACCGCCUCCUCCACCAGCCUUCCCCCAUGCCUUCCUUGCGGCCCCCAUUCCACCUCCAGUGUCAAGCGGCGCUAGCUGCUCGCUGCCUACAGAAUCCAACAUGGAGUGACCGGAGAUGGGGCUCGUACGGGGCCAUCCUCACCGAGACCGACGCGCAAUCUCAACGGCGGCACGUUGGCACCGGGAGUGUAGGAGCCCCAGCCAGCGGAGUAUUCUCCAAGGAAUUUACACUUUUUUAUGGACGCACUGAAAUAGUGCAGGAAUAACAUGUAGGACGAAUAAGGGAAAGAGGGGGGAGAGCGCGAGCGAGAGACAAGACAGAUAGAGAGAGGACAAAAACAAACAUAGAAAGGGAAAUAACGGUUGGGAAAGUCGCGGUUGGCGUUUGGCUUUGCAAGGCUUGCCUAGGACGCGGACACAGACAAUAUGAAGACAGCAAACUGUGUGCGCGCGGUGGGAUUUUACUGUAGGUGAAACGAGAGAAAAAUGAGCGAGGAAACACACCCAGACGAUGAUAGCUACAUAGUACGUGUCAAAGCGGUGGUGAUGACUCGGGACGACUCGAGCGGUGGUUGGCUGGCUCAGGAAGGGGGCGGGCUUAGCCGGGUGGGCGUGUGCAAAGUUGCCCCUAAUGACCUGGAGCUGCUGGGUCGCCAUGGUUUCCUCAUCUACGGCGAGCGACUCAAAGACAAGCAGGCGAUCCUGGAGUGUUUCUUGAGGAAGGACCUGGUGUACACCAAGGCCACGCCCACCUUCCAUCACUGGAGGGUGGACAACCAGAAGUGUGGCCUGACCUUUCAGAGCCCCGCCGAUGCCCGCGCCUUCGACCGCGGCGUCAGGAAGGCCAUUGAGGACCUCACAGAAGGAUCAACAACAUCCUCGUCCACCAUUCAGAACGAGACGGAGCUGGGAGAUGAUGACGUUUUCACAAACGCCACGGACAGCUCCUCCAGCUCCUCCCACAGGCGUGAGCCCGCCCUGCACACACUGGCCCCGAUCAACCUGUGCGAGUCGCGCCGCCACAACUGCAUCAUGGGACACUUCUACGACCAGCACAGACUCUCUGACCACUACUUUGUGGACCAGCCGGUGCCAGUGUUCCCCCGCCACGUCAGCUUCCAGCUGGACGACCCGGAGGAGGAGAUCGUGCGCAUCAACCCGCGCGAGCGCGCCUGGCUCUCCACGGGCUACGAGGACUACCGGCACGCUCACCCGGCGGCCGGCGGGCGCUACGGCAACAAGCCCCUCCACCACCCCUCCCCUCUGGCGGCACUGCGCCCCCUCCACCACCUCCACCACCCGCACCUCCACGACCCCUUCGGCCCCGCGCCGUUCCUCCCCAUCACGGACCCGGAUGCCUACGUGCACUUUGACAAGUCGGACCCCCCCAAGCAUGACUACACGUACCCUUACCCCUCGGGAGGAGGUGUGGGAGGGGGAGGGGGAGGUUUGGGUGGGGACGGGGGCUCUGACCCCCACCGGACUGAGGGCAAGAAGGCAGGAGGCGGUGGCGGUGGAGGCGGUGGGGGCAGAGGGGUCGCCGUGGUGACGGGGCAGCCCCGCGGGCUCCAGUCCAAGUGGAAGCGUGGCCUCGGCACCUUCGCCGGCUUCGGCGGCCGCUCGUCGUCCCACCAUCACGACAUCGCCGGUGUCGGCAGCGGCUCCUCCUCCUCCGUCGCCGUGGGGAUCGCCGGCGGCAUAGUCACGGGCGGUGAGCGCGCCCGCUGCGUCUACUGCCGGGACCUGUUCCGGCGCGAGGACAACCGGCGGGGCCACUGCACGGAGGCCCCGGACCCCGUGCGCACCUGCAUCCGGCGCGUCAGCUUCAUGUGGUGCGCCGACAGCCUGCUCUACCACUGCAUGUCCGACCCGGAGGGCGACUACUCGGACCCGUGUUCGUGCGACGCCACCGAGGAACGCUUCUGGCUGCGCUGGGCGGCGCUGCUGGGCCUCUCGCUGCUGGCGCCCUGCAUGUGCUGCUACGGACCGCUCAGGGCGUGCCACCGCUGCGGCGUGGCCAUCCAUUGCUGCGGGGGCAAGCACAAGGCCGUGGGGUGAAGGCAGCGGU